AUGAAUAAUAAAACUCCAAAGUUUUUAUCUAUUUUUUUGGCGCAAGCUCUUAAUAAAGAUAAUAAAAAAAUACCUUUUAAAAGUAAAUCUGAAGUAGGAAAAAGAUACUUUCCCCCUGUAUCUAGGGAAUGAAAAAAUAGUAUUUAUGUAUUUAAUAAAAAUAAUAUAAAAAAUAUGCCUAUUUAUGAUUUAAAUAUUAAUUUAUUAAUUAAAAGUUUUUUUAAUUUGUAUUUUAAUCCUAAAUUUUUAUAUAAUAAAUAUAGAUCAUAUAAAACUAGAAGUAUUUCAUUAAAUAAAAUAUUUGCUAGUAAGGCAGAAGUAAAACAUACUAAUAAUAAAGCAGUUAUAACUGUAUAUGUCUAUAACAGAGAAAAAAUAUCUUUAUUAAAAAAAAUAAAAAAAUUAAACAAAAAUCUUUUUAAUUUAAUAGCUAAAUUUGCAGUUAUUUUAUAUAAGAAGGAAGGUGGCUGCACACGAAGUCUGGCUGCUUCUAAUCCGGAGGAUAUGCAAACAAGCUAUAGCUCUGAUUUUAAGGAUUUAGCUAAAGCUGAUAACCAACCAGUAGCCCUACGAAGUCUGCAAGAAAUUUUUAAAUAUGAAAAAACUCUAACUAAAUCUUUUUUAAUUAAAAACUUAAGACUUCUUAGAAAAUAUAAAUUAAGACUAAAUCUUAAUAAAUAUAAAUUUGAAGAAAAACUUUUAUAUAAAUUGAAAAAUUUUAUAGUAAAAUAUUAUAAUAAGAAAGUUGAAUUUAAUAUUGUAAAUAUUAGAUCGGUGGUAUUUCAUAGUGAUUUUUUCACUAAUAUUUUACUAUCUAAAUUAAAAAAUAGAAGAGCUAAUAUAUUAAGAACGAUGGAUACUAUUUUAAAUAAGGUAGUUUUACCUAAAGUAAAUAGAAUAAUAGAAAAAAGUUUUCAUAUAAAAGGUAUAGAUUUUAAAUUAUUAGAAAAUAAAUAUCUAAAUACUAAAAUAAGUUAUAUACUUAGAGGGGGCAAGCUCGAUAAGAAUUUAUCUAAAUUCUUAAAUAAGUUAUUUUAUAACGUUAUGAGUGCCGCUGCCACAGCAGCAGCUUCACACCAGUGCCUUAAUAAAGAUUAUUUAAAAAUAUAUGAAAUAAUUUUUAAUUCUAUAAAUUAUAAAAAUAUGGGCGGUGUAAGAUUAGAAGCUAAAGGUAGAUUAACUAAACGAUAUAGAGCAGAUAGAUCUCAAUUUAAAGUAAGGUGGAAAGGAGGUUUGAAAAACAUUGAUUCUUCAUAUAAAGGAUUAUCAUCUAUAAAUAUGAGAGGUUUUGUUAAACCUAAUAUUGAUUAUUCAAUACUAGCGUAUAAACGUCGGAUUGGUGCUUUUGCAGUAAAAGGUUGAGUGUCAGGUAAAUCUUAG